GCGGAGGGUGCGGAGCGCGGGCGGGCCGCGCCAUGGGCAGCGUGCGCUGGGCCUUCCCGUGCGGCGCAUGGCGGCCCCGCCGCCGCGAGUGGCUGCUGGCCGCGCAGCUGGUGCAGCCCGAGGAGAAGGAGCGCAUCGGCCAGUUUGUCUUUGCCCGCGAUGCCAAAGCCGCCUUGGCUGGUCGCCUGCUGAUGCGGAAAUUAAUUGCAGAAGAGCUGUGCAUACCUUGGAAUGAAGUACACUUGCAAAGGACACCAAAAGGAAAACCUUUCCUGGCCAAUAACUUACUUGGUAUCCAUUCAAAUUACAGCUUCAAUGUCUCUCAUCAGGGAGACUAUGCAGUCCUUGCAGCUGAGCCUGAGCUUCAAGUUGGCAUUGAUAUUAUGAAGACUGAUUUACCAGGUAGUAGCUCAAUUCCAAAUUUCUUUCACAUAAUGAAGCGACAGUUUACUGAAACGGAGUGGGAUGUAAUCAAGUCAAUGAGUAAUGAAUGGAGGCAGCUGGAUAUGUUUUAUCGGCACUGGGCCUUAAAAGAAAGCUUCUUAAAAGCCAUUGGAGUUGGAAUUGGCUUUAACUUGCAAAGAAUUGAAUUUAAUGUGUCUCCAUUGCAACUGGAAAUAGGGAAGGUGUAUAAGGAGACAAAAAUGCUUCUGGAUGGAGAAAAAGAAGAGGAGUGGACAUUUGAGGAAACCCGCUUGGAUGACCAUCAUCAUGUUGCAGUGGCACUUGGGAAGCAGGAGGGAUCUGUACAGAAGGAUUCUGAUGUCCGUUCCAUGGAGCCUAACCAACCGCAAUUUGCAUUAUUGACUUUUGAAGACUUAGUUGCAUCUGGUAUUCCAAUCGCACCUGAGGAUUCUGCAUAUUGGGACAAUUUCUGUUCAAAGCAGGAGGGUCCAGUGAAACAGAGUUCACAUUCAAGAUAAGACUGUGUAUAAGAAAAAGAAACUUACCAAAGUUCUUACACUGUUAUUCUGUUUAAUUUGAAAUAUGGGAAUAAGUGCACAUAUGUAAAUGAAACAGAUCUUUCCCUGUUUAAGCUGACAACCUGAUUUUCACGACACUUCAUUGGAAUUGUAAGGAAGACAUGAUUCCUUACUGAAGGAAUUCUGAAUGAAAGGCCUAAACCAACAUGCCUUUUUGCAUCUUCUUGCCUGUGGUUCUUACACUUCAGUAAUUAUCCAGGCUAGGAACAGAAAGCAGUUGUAUAAUAAUGUUGUUCAUUAGUGAACAAGUGUUUAGUAUAUAAAAAUAUGUUUCCAUACUUAUUUAUGUUGAAACUUAAAUUAUGAUACUGCUUAUUCUCUUACAAAAAUUAUUCAUUUAUUCUCCGAUGGACAAAGUCAGGAAAAUUGGUAUAAAUUCAUAUGCUGUUACUGUGUGGUGCAAGUGUUUGUGCAACACUUGGUGAUGUACACCAAGGCUGAAAAGGUCUGAGCCUUAGUAGUCUUGGAGCUACAGGUGUGCAAAAAUAGUUUGAGACAGGGAAUUAACUUACAAAUAUUUCAGUCUUUCCACUUUUUUCUUUGUUAAUUAUAGCUUCCUGUGUGCAACUUAGUAUUUUUCUUUUAACAGUUCUUUGUUAUAUUUUGUCCCUCAGCAAUACAUGCGAGAUGAGCAGCAGUUCAGUUUUCCUAGGCUUGAGUUUGCAUCAGUCAUGGGGGGAAAUCCAAAGAAAAAAAAGCUAUUUACUUUUUUCCAAAUGUCUUGUAACCCCUGAUAACAGAACGUUUUACCGUCCUAACAGCAAAUGAAGGUUUCUGGAGAUCUGUAUAUUUUGAGUGCACAUCUAGAAUAUUUUGUCUUAUUUUUCAAAACUGUCCUGGUUUGAAGGACAGGUAUCUGCCAAUAAAGGCAGAAGCUUCUCUUUGAAAUGGAGAAUGUAAACCCCCUUCCUUCAAAUUAUUAUAAUUUUGAAAUUAAGGGGCUUUCAGGCAAUAAUAUGGGAAUUAGGAAUAACAGUUCUUUACUAGGAAAAUUAAAAUAGAAAUACAGUAUUACAAAGAACAAUCCCAAAAACACUGACAGAGUCAGAAUACAACCUGACGCCCUGUCAAUUGGUAGCAAUCUAAUUAAAGGGUGGCUACAGUCCCCCUGCAGUGGCAGAUGUGAUUCAGCUGGAGCAGUGCUCCUGUAGAAGGUGCAGUUUCCCUCUGAAGGUCCAGGGAUGAUGUGGAAAUGUCCAGCUUUCCUCUGGAAUCCAGUAGAAAGACGGAUAAUCUUGGUGUUCAAAAUCUCAGUUUUUUAUCUAGGUAGGAAAGGCUUGGCUCCUCCCCUGGCUGGAGCAUCUCCCAGUGGGAUGAUGUAAUUUUAUCAGUCAUACAGUGGGACUCAAUGGCCCAUUAGCAGAUAUCUUCCUGCAGGGAGGAUGGGUUGUGGAAAAGAUAAAGAUGAUUGCCUCACCUUAUCUUAAAGAUGGCCCAUUAGCAGAUAGUAUGUGCCACAGAGAUAAGGAAUCACUGCCCCACCCGGCUGCAACAAAUGAUGAUAGAAGACACAUUCCUGCCACAUCAACCCAACAAAAAAACAAAUCCUUUUUUGUGCCAUUACCUCUCAUUCUUCUUUCCAGAAAUUAUAGAUACCAUGUGGUCCAUCUAAAUUUAAGAAACAACAUACUGAACAGAAUGAUCUUUGCACAAAAACAAUUACUUCUGUCCCACAGUUAAAUAUAGAUCUUCAUUGAAUUUGGGAUUGUGUACAACUAGGCUGCACCCUGUAUUCUGGUGUACCCCAUAAAAAGGAGAACGUACUUUUAGUUUAACCACUGAAUCUGAUUCCUAGAGGAGCUGGAACAGAGACUACAGAGAGUUAAGGGGAAUAAAAUGAGUAUUUAUUGAGAGGCCUUCAAAGGCCACACCCUGGCAGUAUCAGUGCCACAGUUUGGCCCCUGCCCUGCCUGGAUGGCUCCAAGAUGGAAACAGAAGAGGGCUUGGUUACAUGAUCUCACAUCUUUAUAGACUUUAGUCUAUUUGCAUACAGGAGUCAACCAUCCCAUUAAUAGUCUCAAAUUGUAAGGUUUCAUCCUCCUUGAUUGAUUGCUGGUCUGCCCUCCUCUUUUCACAUUGUUUAUGCUUAUGACCUGGAGUUUGAAGAGACUGUCCUUGAGUCAAUAGCUGAAAUCGGUCUAUUUUGUCUUCAUCACCCUAAGCAUAACAGAAAAGCAUAUCCAAGCAGAACAGAAAACUCAGAACUUAAGGCAUCAAUUCCUCUCUUUAGAGGCUCGACAAGGCCUUUACCUUGUCAAAUCUCUAUUCUAGAUUUUACUAACAACAAGUACUUAAUGACAGAUAAGUGUCUAAUAAUAAUAACUAUUCAACAUUAGAUAAGUAAUAGUAAAUGCAUACUAAUAAACAUAAACCUAAUAACAAUAGGCAUCUAAUAAGAAUAAUAUCUACACAAUCAAAUAUUAUAUACCUAAUAGCAAUAAGCAUCUAAUAAGAAUAAUAUCUUACACAGUCAAAUAUUAUAUAAAGAAGAGUAGUAAUUAAAUACAGAAGAGGAAUCACUUGAAAUGUGUUAUCAUUUACAUCAGUCUUUGUUACAAUUUUUCAGGAGCAGAGGCUUUCUUAAUUUUGGGACCAGUGAAUCCAGGGUCUUCUGCCAGCAGCUUUGACCGCAGUGAAGGUUGUCAUCAGGACUUUAAAUGGUCCUUUCCACUUGGCUUGCAGCGGAUCACUGUCCCGCCACUUCACAUAGACCCAGUCUCCAGGCUGGAAUGGAUGUUCAGGUGUGUCCAGUCUUAUGGGUCUGGAUAGCAUGAUGUAACUCUGGAGCAUCUGUAAAGUGGAACCUAAAGCCAUUAAAUAACGCUGAAAAUCACAUUUCCCCUUCAAAUGAAUUUCACCUGGAAUGUGUGGACUUUGAUAUGGUCUGCCAUACAGUAUUUCAUAGGGACUGAUGUUACCCCUCCGCCUCGGUUGAAUGCGAAUUCUCAAUAAAGCUAUAGGUAGGGCCUGAACUCACGUCAUGGGCGUCUCCUGACACAUUUUACUAAUUUGUCUUUUGAGGGUCCCAUUCAUAUGUUCAACUUUACUACUCGCUUGGGGUCUAUAUGGUGUGUGCAGAUCCCAAGUAAUUCCCAAAAUCCAGCUAACGUCUUUAACCACUGUAGCAACAAAGUGUGGUCCCCUAUCCGAUGAUAUUACCAAGGGAAUCCCGAAUCUUGGAAUUAUGUGGUUAAACAAAACUUUCACCACCUCCCUAGCUGUGUUAGUGCGACAGGGGUAAGCUUCUGGCCAUCCACUGAAGGUGUCAACCAAUACCAGUAUGUACCGGUAUCCCUCUUUGCGUGGUAACUCCGCAAAAUCUAUUUGCCAGUAAUCCCCAGGAAGAUCUCCUGCCUGUGUUACUCCUAAUACAACUCUCUUCCUUGUGUCGGGGUUGUUUUUACAGCAAAUCUCACAUUUACUUACUACUGAUUGUAUAAUAUCAAUCAUUUCCUUUCCUAUUACUACCUUUCUUAGGUGUCUCAAAAGGUUUUCAACCCCGAAAUGUGUGGUUUCGUGUUCUCUUUGAACUAAUUCCCAAAGAAUCAGAGGUGGGACUACCGCCUGGUUUGUCGAUGUAACAGCCCACCCACCUUCUGUAAUUUCAGCUUUAAGAAAUUUUAUUAGUUUGUGGUCUGCCUGAUCAUAUUUUGGGGCGUAGCCCAACAAAUCAAUCUCUUUUUGCUGAAUUACUGCAAGAAUACCUUUUUCUGCAAUCCUUCUUGCUGUUUUAUCAGCAAAACAAUUUCCUAGUUCUGGAACAGUGUUCCCCUUUUGGUGACCUCUACUUCUGCAGGUCUUUUAAUGCUCUCUAAGAGGGCAAGUAUUUGCUCAGCGUGCUUGAUUUGAUUACCUUGAGCAUUCAAGAGUCCUCUCUCCUUCCAGAUGGCUUCAUGGGCAUGGACAACACUAACUGCAUAUUUAGAAUCAUCCAUAUAUUUAUCUUUUUCCCCUCACUCAGAUCUAGAGCUCUUGUUAGUGCAAUCAGUUCAGCUUUCUGUGAUGCCACAUUUGCUGGCAGGGCCUUUGCCAAGGUCACUUUGUCCUGUGUGGUCACUGCAUAGCCUGUCAUCCUUUUACCAUUUUUCAUGAAGCUGCUUCCAUCAGUCAAAAGCUCCCAAUCUGGAUUCUCCAUGGGCACAUCUUUCAGAUCUGGUCGGCUGGAAUAGACCUCCUCAAUUAUCUGCAAGUGGUCACGCUCUGGCUUAUUGUCAGUUAAGAUGGAGGACAGAAACAUGGCAGGGCUAACAACAGAAGUUAGGCCAAACUUAGGCCAUGUUUCUCCAUUAUCUACUUCAUAUGCUGGCCACAUUUUUUUCUGAGAGUCUAAUAAGUUUAGGUUUUGAAAGCAUAGACUCUUCCCCAAUCAGAUUCACCCAGCUUUUCAAUAUUAACCCCAAAGGGCUAUCUCUUGGAAUACUGCCAUUGUCACAUUCCACAGAGGAUGUACAACCCAUUCUGAUAACCUAAAACAAAAAGCAAAGCACAAACAGUCGGGAUUUGAACUCACAACCCUCAGAAUCACAGCAGACACUAAACAGCUGUACCACCCCUUGGUUGAAAGCCAACAGCACUGCAAUUUAAACCUGUUCUUUAAGAAGGUGUUCCUUCUUACCCACAGAUAAAGAUCUUUUAUUCCAUCACUCACGUGCCUCUGUUCCCAGGGUUCUUGGCUCUGACACCUCUGGACCUCUGCUGGGCCUCUCCAGGGCUGCAGGCAGGGCUUCAGUCUGGGGAUUUUCCAGAUAUCUCACCUCUGCUGCCUGGCUCGCCAAAUCCUGAUGCCUAGAGGAGCUGGAACGGAGACUACACAGAGUUAAGGGGAAUAAAAUGAGUAUUUAUUGAGAGGCCUUCAAAAGCCACACCCUGGCAGUAUCAGUGCCACAGUGCGGCCCCUGCCCUGCCUGGAUGGCUCCAAGGUGGAAGCAAAAGAGAGCCUGGCUAUGUGAUUUCACAUCUUUAUAGACUUUAGUCUAUUUGCAUACAGGAGUCAACCAUCCCAUUAAUAGUCUCAAAUUGUAAGGUUUCAUCCUCCUUGAUUGAUUGCUGGUCUGCCCUCCUCUUUUCACAUUGUUUGUGCUUAUGACCUGGAGUUUGAAGAGACUGUCCUUGAGUCAGUAGCUGAAAUCAGACUAUUUUGUCUUCAUCACCCUAAGCAUAACAGAAAAGCAUAUCCAAGCAGAACAGAAAACUCAGAACUUAAGGCAUCAAAUCUAUGCCUUAUUACAAAGAUGAAGAAAAGUUUGCGAGAGAGGAUAAUUUUUACAACUAUUUUACAAACACUUGGAGUUCUGCUGUAGAUAAUUCUGAAUUCACACAUGCUAUUCAACUCUCCUGCUUCCAGUGCCGAUUAAUAUUUUUGUUUCCAUUUCUAUGACUCUCUCAUCCUGCAUGAUAAUCAUAGUUUUUAGUAUUUUGAUUUUUUCCCCUCCAGAACUACCAAUCAGUAUGCAAUGACUCUUCCCUCCAGACUCCACAGGGGCUAAAUUAGAUGUUCAGUAACUUCAAAUCUGAAGUUAAAAAAAAUACAGAAUAUUUUAUGUAAAAAUUCUAAGCCAUAUAUUCCAGAUUGUUUGUCUUUUAGAAAAAUGAAAUUCAAUUUGCAAUAAAUAAUUUGCAAUCCACAGAGGUCCAGUGUAUGCCAGUCAGUCAGUGGACCCAUCAAUUGCAGCUUUGCUGGACAGUUUGAAAUUGCCAGCUUUUUUGCUAGGGCAAUGAAUUGAACUGCAAAUGUGGGAUGAGCUGAAUAGAGAAAUUUCAGAUUUAUAUUUCUGGGGAUAAGCGAGUUAAUUUCUUAUUAGAAAUUAGUUAUUUUUGCAUGUAAGCAGUGUCUCAGACCAGAAGUUUUCUUUCAUUGGAAAGAGUUUUAAAAGUAUUAAUGAAGUAUUUAUAGUAUUGUGCUUGCAUGUAAGUAGAGGACAAGCCAAUUUUCGUAGAUUAGAAAUUAGAAAUUUUACUUGGUUUUCUUGCAAGGAAUAUUAUUGUUUUCAAGACUGUAUCUAAUUAGAAAAACCUAAAAGAGUUUGUUUUGGUUAGUUUUCCAUGAAAUAAAAUCUUUGUUUAGAGUGGUUCAUAAAGAGUUGUCUAGAACACUGAAAUUUCUCACGUUGUGAUUUUUUCCCAUGCCUUUUAAUUCACAUUGAACUGUUUGAAAAAUAAAAUUACUCUCCUUUUUAAUCUUAAUAGCAGUAAGGUUAGGUGAUGGUAAUGCCUUUUGAAGAGCCACUUGAGUCAGGUUGUUUCAUAUCAGUGCAAAUGGACACAAUUGUUAUGCUUGCUUUUACCGCAGUGGGGAAGAGCAGCUGGAUCAUUGUGGAAUUGUUGGCUAAAAGCAUGCUGCUAAAAGGCCAGCAGGACAUUCUGACUCCUUAUGAAUGUAAAUGAUCCUUCUUAAAGUCAGAAAAAAGUUUUUCUGGGUAUCUGGGUAUCUGCUGUGCUGUGCAGGCACAUAAGCGUUUAUAGUGUGUACAAAUAAAUUAAUGUAAUUUCUAAGUUCUAAGAUUAAUUAGCAGUUCUAAGAUUAAUUUCUUUUUUAAUUAAUCAUCACACUUUUUGCUGAUAAAAAGAUAAUUAAGCCCUUUUUCCACACAAGGCCAUAACACUACUUUCUUGCAUUUCCACAGAGUAGAGUCCUAAUGGCCACAGAGUCCCUCUGCCAUUUUAGGGCAGCUCCAGCUUCCCUCACUAGGUCAAGCAGUCAGCCCAGUCCAGGGUAGGUGAGCUGACCUUUGUACAUCUUUCUACAUACUGUCCUUGACAUAGCUGUACCACAUGCCUGAGAGGGUAAGAAGCUGCAGAAACACAAGUUCUGCUCCACAUUAGCCUUUCCCAGCAAAGGCUGCAGCUGGAAAGAGUUUUUCCCUAUGAAGCAGCAUUGACCCAUCCUCCUGUUUCUCAAAUUCCCAGAUUUAGUUGUUAGAUUAGGUCUGCUGUCCUAGGUAGCAUAUCAACACAAUGUUUCUGAGAAGUAUUUAUUAACAGUCUGUGACCAAAAAAUAAAUUUUAAGCUUUGGUCUUCUGUGGAAAGAUUGUUAAAAGUGAAUAGAUGUGUUUUAGUUUGGACUUGUUCAAAACUUUUUGUAUAUUACAUCAAAAAUGGUCAAGUGGAUUAGGAAUUUUGGGGGUGAAACUGGGUUCAAGGCAGUUAACAACUAUGUGGCAAGAGAUGUGUGUCAUUUGAUGUGAAAAUCUCUAACUUUGAAAUGUGGAUCAUGUGAGUUCACUCAGCCUUUUACAGAGUCUGUAAACUUACACAAGAUGUAGAUUGUUACUGUUUUAUGGGACCAAGUCCGCUGAUGUUAAUCAAGUACACUUGUCUUAGACAAGAAAUCAGAGAUGCAGCAAUAGUAGCAGUGUAUAUAUGGUUGCUAUAUGUGUGCUCUGGGAAACCAGGCAACAGCUCAACUUUAAACAACCAUCUUUACUCAAGACAGAAGAUGAUUUGUGAAAAGGUUGAAAAGAUGGUUAUGCAGGUCAGCGUAGAGUACCCUUUUUUGGAGCUUUAUAGUGCUACAUUGUACAGAGAAGAUAAGUGGUUCUUGGAAGAAUUUAUACAACCAUAUCUAAAACAGCAAUUGAGAUUGUCAGCCUUAACUGCUGCCAAAUUCUGCAGGUGUACUUCAUUAUCCUCCAGAAUACAGUUAGUUUUGAUAACUUCAUUCUUUGUAGAAAACAUAAACGUGAAAAUAGAUGCUGAAAUUUCAGGAGAAAUUUGAAAAGUGGUUUUUUUUUUUUCAAAAAGUCAUUUUUUGUAAAAUGUUAUUUUCUUGAGCUGCACAUGUAUUCUUUUAUGGCCAGACACUGUAUAUGAAUCUUGUUUCUUCUAAGAUUGGAUAUAAUUUCUUUACUGCAAUAAAAUGUGGACUAUUUUGUGUU